UGUCUGCAGCCCGGGUGCCGAGCAGCAGCAGCAGCAGCAGCAGCAGCAGCAGCAGUAACAGCAGCAGCAGCAGUGUGUUAACCAAAAGGCAACGAGGGGAAAAAGCCACAUACAGCAAGAGCAAGAUGUCUUUUCCUGCAUUGUGAGGGGAUUUUAGCUUUAAUAGUCGCCUUCAGGCUCCUGGGAUUUCAGACAAAAGGGCUUGGCUGCGGGCUUUCACAAUAGAAGACAGCAGCUCCAAAUGAGUGUACCUGCAGCAACGUCGGCACAGAAAUCAGACAACAGUGAGAUGCAAUCGGCUGCAGUGGCUCCCUCCUUCAUCCCCAGCCAGACGGGGAAGAUACCGGGCAGGAAGAGAGGGAGACCCCCGCUCCGCAAUGUCGCCAAGAUGGAUUUUCCAAACCGUUACCCCGAGUCUCUGCCACCGCUCAAAGUGCCCAAGAAGAGGGGGAGAAAGCCGGGCUUCAAGCUCAAACCCAGGAUGGUGAUGACACCGCUGGCUAUUUCUCCACCCAGCAGCACCCCUGAGCCCGAUAUGAGCUCCAUUCCACAGGAUGCUGCCACCAUCCCCCACUCUGCCACACCCCAGGUGCUCACAGUCUGUAUCUACAUCAACAAGCAGGCCAACACUGGUCCCAACCUGGACAGGAAGAAGAUCCAGCAGCUCCCUGACCACUUUGGACCCGACAGACCCUCCGUGGUGCUGCAGCAGGCCGUCCAAGGCUGCAUCGACAGCGCCUUCCAGCAGAAAACAGUGUUCACCCUCCUCACGCAAGGCUACGGGGGAGAAAAAAUAUCAGGUGUUGUACCAAGACCUCACCCAGCCACGUUUGAUGGGAAGCAGCAUCUCCUGAGCCUCCCUGUGGUGAACAGCAUCGACUAUGUGCUUCGCUUUCUGAAGAAGCUCUGUCGCAGCUUGCACUGUGAAAACCUCUUCAGUGAUCAGCCCAUUACCCAACACAGCGGUGGCUCCUACCAGUCAGACGCAGAAACAUCCAUGGCAGAGGACUACCAUUUGGACCAGUCGGACGGCAAACGCUACUCCGUCGAUCCUGGAGAUUCUGCUUUCAGCACCAUAAGCUCGUCCUACUCGCCAAAGUCCUCCUAUGGGUUUCGUUCGUCGCAGCAGUUCUCCAACGGUUCGGCCUCCAUGAGCAUGUGCAGACAGUCGGCCACCAGCCCAAACACCUUCCCAGAGAGCAACAGGACAGGAGGCUACAAUACAUCCCCAGAGUCCCAGGAGUCCAAAGCUCCAUCCAAUAAGGACCCGUCCACCUGGUCUGUGGAGGAUGUUGUUUGGUUCAUCAGGGAUGCUGAUCCCCAGGCUCUCGGCCCUCACGCAGACGUCUUCAGGAAACAUGAGAUAGACGGAAACGCUUUGUUACUGUUAAAGAGUGACAUGAUCAUGAAGUACCUCGGACUGAAGCUGGGGCCGGCCUUGAAGCUUUGCUACCACAUCGACAAACUAAAGCAGACUAAGUUCUGAAAACUGUCCUGCCCUUAAAUCCAGAUGUGAGAAGGGUCACAUCUGGAGACCCCCCAGAUCUGUGAGCCAAUGGGAAGAAUGUAGAAUUUCCACCAGCUUGAGGUGCGUCUCUUCAGUUAGGGUUACCCACUGUGAGAAGCGUCCCUUUCUCUUCUGCCACAAAAGUAUAAAAUCAAACAGGUUAAUAGUUCUACAGUUAAUUAGAUCCUUUUUCAGUGGUAUAAUGCAAUAAGUAACAAAAAAUGCACAAAAGCCACACAACAGGUGAAAUGUGAAGGUAUCACUAAACAGAUAGACCUACUGUUAGUCUUUUUUGAAGACAUUUGUAACAAAGAUUAGCACUUUAACAUUAGCAAGGCGAGACAAAAACAAAGUGAGAUCCAGCUUAAUGCUCAAAUUAGGUAGUUAACAUGAAUGUUAGAUUCUCUAAUCAUCUGCAGCUUUUGCAACAUCAAUCAAAUUGUAUUUCUUUUAGAUUUAAUUUGUGCCUAAAACACUGUAAAGAAAAAAAGACAAUGUACAUAGUUUUAUACUUGACAAAAACCUGUAGUAAUUGAUUUUUUGCCUGCCCAACACCAGUGAAAAAAAUCUGUAAUCACACUAUUAGCCUAUCAUCAUCUUUUCAGCCACUAGGGCAAAUUCUAUUGCAAAUGUUAUGUAUCAAUAAUAUCAUUUAUCUGUAGUCACAGUUUUGACCACCUGGUGAUUCUAAGCCCAAUGUUCAUCUCUUGUAGCUCCAUUUUUGGUCUCCACCAACUCCCGAGAGAAAUAUCCUGCUCAUUAGCUGCUGAAUGCUCCACUUUUUGUUCACCAGCUAGCGUCUAACUGUGACUUUUUGACCUUUGGUGCUGAGAAGGCAGAGAUAGAGAUUCUUCUCUGAAAUCAGCUACUUUCUGUGGCCAAACAAUGUAUUUUAAGAGAGAAGAAUUAGCCAAAACUCUCUGUGAAGCUGCACAAAGCCACGAGAGAUAAUUCUGUCUAGGCUCACCAUUAUGAGCAAACCCUUUAAAAAUGUUGUAAUAAAAACGUCUGUUUGGAGAAAGCAGAAGAAACUCUAUGAACAUUUUCAAGCCUGGACAGGUGCGCCUCUUACCUGGAGAUGUUCCUCUCUUCCCAUUGGCUCGCAGACUAGAAGUGAAGGUUUGAAACAUCUUGGUGCAUUUUGCUAAAGAUUUCCAUGAUGUCAUUUAGUGCUCUUCUUCUCUUCCUUACUCUACUUUUGGCACAGAUUUUGAACUUCAGAUUGUGUAAGUGCAUCUUUCAUACACGUCACACAACAUAAUGUAGUCAUUAAAAGAAGGCCAGUGUUUUGUCUGACAAACCUUCCUGAGCAGCACAUCUGUCUGCUGCAUUAUAUAUACUCAUCAUCUGACAAGAAAUGUACAACAGAAAACACUUUAUACCUUAAGAAACUCCUUCUCGAUCUCGUUUACUCGUGUUGACCAAGCUGAAAAACAUAUCUAUUACUGUACUGAAAAAUGGUGCAUUAAAUGCUACGUUGCUUUUUGAUUGAGAGAUUUAGAAAAUCAUUUUGAUACUAUUUUUUCACAUUACUGUGUAACAGAAAGUAAUGUUCCCAUUUAAUUUGUCAUUUCUUUUUUAUUAUAAUUUUCAUAUUAAAAACUGUAUAACCUAAUAACGCAGAAUAAUAGACUGCAGCUCUCUUGUAAAUGUACAGUAUAUAAAGAAAAGCGAGAGCAUUGUGAACGUGAUAUAUUUAUGUUUCAUUAUGCAAGAUUGUUACAUGCCAAUUCUCUCCAUAGCCUCCUCAUGUAUACUCAUAAGAACGUUUUUUUUAAAAACGCAUACGUUUAUAUGUUUUUAUCAAGCAUCAGUGUUGAUACAGAAACACGUGAAACACUUAAAUAUCACACUGAGAAAACCUACACAGCCAUGUAAAUGGGUAUAUAAUAUACUAUUGCUUUUGUAUACCACUUUUGGUGUGCAGUAUGCAUCCUUUUUUAAUCAAUUAACCUUUGUAAGUGAAUGCUGCUGUAAAGAUAUUACAUGUAAGCCAUGCCUAGUGAGAUCAAACCAAGGUGUUUUAUUUUGAAAAUCACUAUGAAUAAGAGUUUUAGAGACAGCUGAGCAGGAUCAGUACUCUGCGCUGGUGCUAAAAGUUAGCGACGUAUUUAACUGUUUGCUUUUGUGUUUGUGAGAUGUAAAGGAAAUCUUAAGUGUAUGCCGUACUGUAUGUGAGUAUUAAAUUAAGAAAUCAAGUAAUCAGA